AGAAGAAGAAAAGUUAUCCAUGAUUAAUUGUUUUAAUCAGACGCGUCUAGUUUCGGGGGAUGGGGCAGGGGGCCUUGGAUUCAAAAAGGUUGAAAACCACUGAUAUAGACAUUCUAUGGGCUGUAGACCAGAGGCCUUUUUUUAACGCGAAUGGAGAAAGGUGCCAUCCGUUGUGUUUUCGCGAUAGAUAUCUAUGGAGAAUUUGCUUCAAUAUGCGGAAUAAACGGCUUUUGUGGUAAAGCUAAUCGCUUAGUGAAUAGACCACCUGUCCGCUUAUCUUCAACAUGUUUUACACUAAAUAACCAUGUUGGAAUAAACAAUGUUGGAGCUUACUACGAUCAAAUAGCUGUUUAAUAAGAGAAGAGUCAGACAAGUUUGCGACAGUUAGUUGUCAGCUUACGGCGCACCCCUUGGAUUUCUAAGGUAUCCGCAAUCUGUGACUUACUGUCGUAACACGCUCGUUAACCGUUACGCUCUCUACUUUGGUAAAAGCGCAAACGUUGUUUUCCAGGUAUAUAAGAUCUCAGGUUAUGCAGCGUGUCCGAUCAUAUUUAAAGAGCUGGAGAACCAUAAGAAAACACUGAUGUCCAGACCUCACUCUGUUGUUGUGUUAACUGAGGGUCCGACAAGUUGUUUCUUUGAGCACGUCUGUGGUUAGAUUUUUUGUUUGGUUACUGCUGGGACUUAAACGUCGCUUCAAUUUGUUUAGUUUGGCGAGUUGGUAAGCAGCAGCGCGCAUACAUAAUGAAUAUCGUCGCUGAAUUUUUCGUGGUCACAUUCAAAAUAAUCUGGUCGUUUGCUCUGGCUGGCGCUAAAUUGAUUAUUCGUCAACGGGAGAAGAGUGUGGAGGGCCAGGUGUGCGUUAUCACCGGUGCUGGAAGCGGUCUCGGGCGGCUCUUUGCACUGGAGUUUGCCCGGAGACGAGCGACCCUUGUGCUCUGGGACAUCAACAGACUGGGCAACGAAGAGACCGCAGAGAUGGUGCGAAAAAUCUACCUGGAAAUGAGCCUCUCCGAAGGGUGCUCGGACAGUAUUCAAGAGUUGCCCCUGUUUCAGCCCAAAGUUCACACAUAUGUUUGCGACGUUGGAAAGCGUGAAAGUGUGUAUGCUACUGCAGAGAAGGUGCGAAAAGAGGUUGGCAGCGUCGACUUUUUGAUCAAUAAUGCUGGCGUUGUCUCAGGACAUCAUCUUCUCGAGUGCCCGGACGAGCUCAUUGAAAGAACUAUGAUGGUCAACUGUCAUGCUCACUUCUGGACUACCAAGGCUUUCCUUCCCAAUAUGCUGGAGCAGAAUCACGGGCACAUUGUAACUGUAGCCAGCUCAUUGGGUUUGUUCACUACAGCUGGUGUGGAGGACUAUUGUGCAAGCAAGUUUGGUGCCAUAGGCUUCCAUGAGUCUUUGAGCCAUGAGCUGAAAGCAGCUGAUAAGGAUGGAAUUAAGAUGACUCUUGUCUGUCCUUUUUUGGUUGACACUGGCAUGUUCAAAGGCUGCAAAAUUAGGAAUGAAAUGGCUAAAUUUUUCCCACCGCUAAAGCCAGAGCACUGUGUCAAACAGGCUAUGAGAGCCAUACUGACAGACCAGCCAAUGAUCUGCACACCUCGAGCCAUGUACAUUGUCGCCUUCAUGAAAACAGUUUUGCCAUUUGAUGCCAUUGUGUGCAUGUACAGAUUUAUUGGUGCUGACAAAUGCAUGUACCCCUUCUUGGCUCACCGAAAGGAAUCCACAAACAACAACGAAUCAAAGACUGGGAUCUAACUGGUUCUAUCUUAAGAGUAGUGGUGCUAAAUUCUGUGUAGUUCCUCUGGAACGAUGAAAGCUGUACAUAAGUUUCUCCUAAUGACACCUAGCUGUCAACUUUUUAAUUUUCCAACUUCAAAAUUUCACAGAUUUAGAAGACUUUUUGUAGGGAUUAAUUUGUAAUUGUGAAUUGCAGUGUGUAACUAUAUGAUCACACAAAAAGACCUAUCAUUAUUUAUUCACUUGUAAUUUUUGUUUGUAAUGUAUUGUUCUUGCUUUCCAAUAUUCCAAGAUGUGUCACUUUAGAGGAUCAUCCUCCUUAUAACACUAAGAAAUGCACAAUGUAUUGAAAGUAUUUCUUCUUAUUGCCUUAAGUGGACUUGGUGUGGAUAUUGCACAACAUGAUGAUGAACAUAAUGAUCAGAAAAGUACUAUACAUACUUAUUGUUAAAUAAAUGGUCUCUUCAGGUUGAUACAGAGUCUGAUUUUCAAGUGCUAAUGCCUAAUGGAUUUCAGGAGAGUUGAUUAGUUUGUGGCUAAAUGUUAUAUUUUCAGC